ACGAAAGGGCAACCAGAGAAAGAAAAAGUAUCAGACAAAUAAGUUUGCACAAAAAUGGGUGAAAUUAAUCAUGUCAUCCCUCUUCUUACACCUUACAGGAUGGGGAAAUUCAACAUUUCCCACAGAAUCGUUUUGGCACCGUUAUAUAGAGCAAGAGCUUACAAUAAUGUUCCUCAGCCACAUGCUAUCCUAUAUUACUCUCAAAGAGCUACCAAGGGUGGUCUUCUCAUUUCUGAAGCUACCAGUAUUUCACCCUCUUCUAAAUACCCAAACUCACCUGGUAUAUGGUCAAGAGAGCAAAUUGAAGCAUGGAAACCCAUUGUGGAUGCUGUUCAUGCCAAAGGUGGAAUAUUCUUCUGUCAGAUUGUUCAUGUUGGAAGGGUUUCAGAGGAAGAUGGGGAAGCUCCAAUUUCAUCAACCAACAAGCCAUUAAAAUCUGGUAAUGGCAUGCAACCAAGAGCGUUACAGACAGAUGAAGUUCCUUCUAUUAUCAAUGACUUCAGAAUUGCAGCAAGAAAUGCUAUGGAAGCAGGGUUUGAUGGAAUUGAGAUUCAUGGAGCACAUGGUUUUCUGAUAGACCAGUUUUUGAAAGACCAAGUUAACGACAGAAGAGACCAGUAUGGUGGAUCAUUGGAGAAUCGUUGUCGGUUUGCAUUAGAAGUUGUUGAAGCUGUUGUUGAAGAAAUAGGAGCAGAUAGAGUUGGAAUGAGACUAUCACCUUUUUCAGAUUACAAUGAAUGUAUUGACUCCAACCCUCAAGAACUGGGUCUCUACAUGGCCAAAUCUCUCAACAAACAUGGUGUGGUGUACUUGCACAUGGUCGAGCCAAGAUGGAACAUUUCUGGGGAGAAUGUGGAAAGCCCUUACACUCUUGAACCAAUGAAGAAGGCCUUUAAUGGCACUUCCAUUGUUGCUGGAGGCUAUGACAGAGAAGAAGGGAACAAAGCUGUGGCUGAGAACAAGACAAAUCUUGUUGCUUAUGGUCGUUUGUUUUUGGCUAAUCCAGAUUUGCCUAAGAGAUUUGAGGUUGAUGCACCACUCAACAUGUACAACAGAGACACCUUUUACACUCAUGAUCCGAUUGUUGGUUACACUGACUACCCUUAUCUUGAAACCACCACUUAAGGAUAUCACAUCAAAUAUAAAUUAAGGUUUACUUUGUGGUU